AGUUACAGUUCUUGGUUUGGUUCGCGGAGGUGUGCCACUUAGAAGUCCAAUCAGUGGCGGAAGAGCCACUUAGAAGGACGACACAUACUAUCUCUAACAUUUUUUGACGACCGUAUCUUCGUGUCUUCAUUGUCAUUUUUAUUUUUCAUCUCUUCCUCAAGAUACAACAAUGAGGCUUCUCUUGCGCGUUGCAGCCGCUGCCGGCUGCACCGUUGGUGCGGUGAAUGCUUCCUCUAGUGCGUCGAGUGGAGCCAGGGGUGGGCCAGCGUAUAGAUUGAUUCCUUGUUCAGAGCAUUUUUUGUUUUUCGCUUCAGCUGGUGCGCGAGAUUAUUUAAGUAGCUGUUUCUCCAUAGUUCAUUUUGUGGGUAUGAAUGUUCUUUGUUCGUCGCGUUAUUAAACCAGACCAUGAAUAACCUACAUCUACAUGAGAUCAAAAAUGUGGUACCUCCGGAUUUGCUUCGUACAGGAAUAAAAACUUUCAAGAACUCUCCGAAGAUUUUAUUGCGGAAGUCGCUGCGUGUGUUUGCUUCGGCACCGCUUAAAAAAGCACCGCUUGCAGUUGCCAAAAAUCAUUUUUCAAUACUAUUCUGAACAGGAACGCCCAAGAGGACGAGGCUCCACCGGCAGGAGCUCCUCCAGUCAACAAGAAGAAGCAGACCACCCUGUUGCAUUGGCAACAAGUGUACGGGUUCCAGCAGUUUCUGGAAAAGGAACUCAAUCCCAGCCAGUGGUCCGGGCCCGGGGUAUACAACUACCUUACGAACGCGUUCGGGACAACGCUCGACUCGCAGCUCCACCUGCGUAUCAAAUGCAAAAAUGUCUGGGUCUGGAAACUUGUGAUGCACGAAAGGGAAGAGUAAGCUCACUGUAUGUAAUGCGCUGUCCAUAUGGGAUUCUCAAUUGUUACAUUCUCAACUGUUACAUGAAUUUGUGAUGCAAGAAUGGCAACAGGGAAAGGCCAGAUUUUGAACCUCUUGCAAUACAAAUUCGGCACAGAUUCUGAUCCUGUUUAGCCCUUCCAAAAUUUGUCAUGCGAAGUAGCUUCAUUUUGUGGACGUUGAUGCUCGUUUUGCAUGACAAAUCAUGUAACAGUUGAGAAUGUCACAUUUGAGAACGCCAUAGUCCAGCAUGACAAGUUUUUCCGUGGUUCAGAGUUGCGUAAUCCGCAUGAGAGACUGCGUUUUUGCAUGACAGAUAGCGAACCCUUUUCGCGGGCACGCAAUACAGAGUUCAGAGUCAUGCCAGACUAGCAUGACAAAUCUGGCAAUCUUCCAGACCCAGGCACUUUUGCAAUCCAUACUGCGGGCGCGCGAACAAAUCAAGCCACAAUUUCGCAAACUCACUUAUGGCGUUCUCAACUGUUACAUCCUCAACUGUUACGCGGAUUUGUGAUGCAAGAACUGCAACAGUGAAAUAGGGGAUCUUGCGCUUCUUGCAUGACAGAUUUGGCAAAGAUUCUCAGCCUGUUGGGCUCGUCGGGAAUUUGCCAUGCGAAGCAGCUUGAUCAUGUCGAUUCUGAUUGCAAUUUUGCAUGACAAAUCGUGUAACAGUUGAGAAUGUAACAUUUGAGAACGCCAUAGCACCCCUGGAGCAGCCAACUGGAGCGAAAAAGAGUUUGGAAGCAACGCAAAGUGGACUUUCGCUAUCAAAAGUGAGAUGCAAGAAGUAGAAGAACGGGGUCCUGUGAUAAUAUUUUCAAAUGAUCGCCUUUGGAUUUUUUGGCUUCGUACUCUUUGUGCAAUUCGAAUAAAUGAUACGCGAUUCGUUAUGCGUUUAUGUCAUGUAGCUCGCAGCUUCGCUGCUUCCCGCUCUCUUACUUAUCUCUCAUGAUCUUAAGAGCGAUUUAUUGAUUCUCAUUCCUCAGUACUUCUUCUUUUUGCUUGUCGUAGUUCCAUAUCUGGUGACGCGGUACUAGAGCUAACCGAAGUGGACAGGAUUCUCAGGAAUGCGAAGGAGCACGUACCCGACGGUCAGGCUGCAAAGUUUCUCAGUGAGGUAGUGAGCGCUCCGCUGAAAAAAGCGAGCCUGCCUGACAUACUGCUGAAAGCUAUGGUACUGAUUUUAAGAAUCAAUUCGAGGACACUAUUUUGACUUUAAUGUAUUAAUUUGUAUGUCGAGCCUGUUGCUGAAGCGUCGUGAUGACUGAUAUUUACUUCUGGACAUGGGUAAUGCGAAGGCAAGAACAUCAAAAGCAAUUUUUUCAGGUAACUUUCGCAUUCGAGCUCGCUGAAGAUAGCCCCAUAGCGGAUUUGUUUUUCGCCUUCCAGAGCAAUGGGGGCGCACGGAACACUCAUGUUGUUAUGGUAUAGAAUUCAGUAUUCAAGAGUUUGAAAAAUUGAAAUUUCUUUAUUUUUUUUACAACAAGUUAAGUUUUCUGUAUGUAGUUUGCAGCGUACAACUACUAUCAUGAGCAAGUUUCUGCAUUAAUCCUCCACCUUGGUCAUUCACUAGCAAGCUCUCUGAAGCUUUUCAUGCAUCUCCUCUCCAGGCUCGGCCGGUCUGUGCGGGUUUCGAUCCAAAAUCCAUCGAGCAGGCCAUGAAGUUGAAGCCGGAAGCAACUUAUGCCCUGCAAAAGUAUCGCACUAGUAGUUGUUGACACGGCAUUACAAAGUUCGUUUCCCACAACAAGCUUCAAGGAAAGCUGAAUAACAAUAAAGUGGUAUUUGUCCUCAUGCAGCUCAGGAUCCGGAAGCAGAGCAUAUCAAUAGCAAUAGCAAAAUUGUGAUGCCCCAUUACUGAAAUAGAAAUUUGUAUGAUGAUGAAUACAAAGAUACUUCUGCAAUGCAUACAAGCUCCCCCACCGCGACCGCGACCCUGGACAAGACUUUUCCCGCUCUAGUGGUCUUCGACAAAACCGGAUUCGACACGGAGAAGGCGAAGCUGCAGCUGCUCUCCCCGGCGGACGCCGUGAACGUGAUUCGUUUGUGCAGCAUUUGGGCCUUCCAAAACCAGAUCUGGCUGACUAAGAUCGAGGGCAAGGCCUCGGGCGUGAAGAGGUUUGGGAAAAAAGGCCUCACGUCCGACCUCUUCGUCGCCGACGUGUUAUGAUCCUAGUGUGCAAAAGUAGCGUACUCGUACUGGUACUAAUUCGUCGCGAUCACUUGCAUGAUAAGUACACGAAUCAUUUUUUUCCUGCUGACGAAAUGUAAAUGUUGUGUGGUGGAGGUUGUUCACAAUAACUACUAGUACAAGCAUACGAUAGACUUUUGCAUUGUAUACGCUCUCGGAGACGAGAAGAUAUACCGGACUGGGAAGAAACUGUACGACAUCGUGCUCCAAGACGGCGGGAAACACGCAAAGAACAUGAUGGACGAGUACUACAAAUUCAAAUUUCUGGUGUCAACAUCUACCCUAUGAGCCUUAAAAAAUUACGGUAUGAUUAUUGGAAACGGUUACGGUAUGAAUUAGAGCAAUGCUGAUGUUGUAUUCCGGCGACAGCACACUGAUAACAAUAAUAUCCAACAUAGGUUCACGCCUCUGAUGCAGAACGCCUACUGCCCGGCGAAGACCGGCACCGCCACGGUAAAUCCAGGUGAAGAUGAAGUUGCGGAAGACAACCCGGUUGUGAAGAACGCCCAGUUGAAAGAGGCAGAGCUGUACGGCAAUUUUGCAAAGGAAAAGGUGGGCAAAGUCCUCAAAGACUUCGACAAGGACUAUCCACAGGAAAAAAACCAUCCACAUCCAUUUUUUGCAUGACAAGCACUUGAUUUGAUGCGUGUUUUGCAUGACAAAUCGGAUGUGGAUAGGUUUUUUUCUGUGGAUAAGGACCUGUACAAAACCAUCCAGACCGUGCACGACAUCCCCGUGGGCGUGAAGUUGAACCUGAAGCACCGACCUGGUGGCCUGGUGCAAAAGUACCGCACCAUCGCGAAGGAAAUCCAGCCGCUGCAAAUACUGAAGCGCGCGACCAUCCUGACCGCGGGCGCGAUGACCCUGCCGCCGGUGCUCGUGGCGGCGAACUUGGUUCUCAUGUACGCCAUGACACUCUGCGCGAUCAUGGCCCCGCCCAUGGCGGCCAUGAGCUUCCGAGAAAUCAUGGACAAAGCGAUCAGCCCGGCAGCGCAGCGCCUCGUCGACGCCAUUCCCUUCAACGUCGCACCCUACUCCUAUCCAAGCGCAGCACAGCGGCCUCUCCUCUGCUCGUCGUCCCUCUUUUUAGAAUUCGAAGGUAAAUGAAAUGAAGCAAGUGCAGCAACGGGUGUACUAUAAUUAUCAUCGCGUUAGCAUCAGCUGUAUGAACUUCGAGCUGUUGUACUAGCCGAUCUCUGUCCUCGCACUUUAUAAUCAUGAAACGUAGGUGGAGCUGCGCAGCUGGUGCAAUAUUUGGACUUGCUUGUGCAGAAUUGAGAUGUAGUGGGACUGAGUAAAAAGAAAAGACGGGGACGAGAUGCGGAGGUUGUGCACUUUCAUAACGGAUUGGGCAAGGUGGUUCGCCCGGUUGUGAAGCAUGGAGCGGCGUUCCUCACUGGUAUAGUACGUUUUUUUCGUUGAAGAUGAAGUAUGCAUAAAUUAGUAUGAGCUCAUCUAUCAGGAGCACCGCAGCCACUGUAUUACUUUUACGACAUCAACAGUAGAAGUCCUGUCGCCCCAUCCUCGCACCACAGGUCAAGAACCCGCCGCCGCUGGGCCGAGUGAGAUUGCGGACGGUGGGGCGAACCGCGUUCUGGUGGAUCACCUUCCUUCCAGUAUCGAUAUCCCGUAUGUGAGAGAGCGCGCCGGGCACUACAUGAAUCAGAUGCAAGAGUUGGCCACAAACCAUUGUUACGCAUUCACGGAGGAUCCGAAGGCCUACCUAGCGUCCACAGGAAGCAGCCUUGCCAACUACUCGGCGCCCGUUCUGCAGAGUCUCCAGGGUUUCGCGACGCUUCAAUUCCUGAUGCCCCCUACCGAAGGGGAUGUUCCGUCUAUGACCUCGUCGACUCAGGGUUACGACACGGACAGCGCUGCCGCUAUUGCGAGUGCUGUGAGCGGGGGCCCAAUGUCUGCCCGGCUGUUGGUGGACCAAGUUCUGUCGCUUCCCGGCGAUGCGGCGAGCGCAGUGUACAACGGCGUGAUCACGUAAGGGAGUGCACAACUACUCCCCCUCCCCCCCAUUUGUAUUGCAUGAACAGCAACGCAAAUAACGCCACACCUGGAGCCUGUGCAUGACAAAUUCAUGCGCCUUCUUGUGUAGUACUGUUUGGGCUUGUUCCGGAAUCCGUCAUGCAAACAGUGCCACAGGGAAGCACUUGGAUUUGGGGUUUAGCAUGACAAAUGAGGGGGAGGGGGAGUUGUGCACUGUCAUAUCACGGGGACACACGACUCUUUCAUGCUGGGUUUGGAGCAAGACGCGCUGAACUACAUCCAGGACCAAGUGCCUUUCAAAGCGAUUCUGUGGGGCUCGUACACCUACCUAGCUUUGGUGAUCACCAAGUACAUCGGUGUCCAGUGGAUCAUGCAACUGCGCAGCAAGAAGGUAUGCGUUGCAAAUAUGUCUGAGUCUGGAAACUUGUGAUGCUGGGUGGCGUAUCAUGAUGAGGUCACAAGUGCUGGCUCCGCAUGACGCGUUUCUCUUUCUGAGCUUCUAGGUGUUGCCUAUUCUGCAUGACAAACUGCGUUUCUACAUAAGCCGGCCACAAAAGUAAGUUUGUGAUCAACAAGUUUGUAAGACUAACCCGUCAAGGCCACACCGAAUUUCCACCUUGCUCGCGGGCUUGGAUGGUAAGGGGGUUCUGCCACAAGUAGGGCCCACUGGUUGUAGUUACGCGUAAGCAAUCGAUAACGGUUCUGCGGCUGCGGCCGGGUGGUAGUUAGGAAGUGGAUCGGGUAUCCACCUAGGGGUAUUGGCAGAGGCUAAAUCUGUCCCAACGCCCAGGCAUUGGCAGAGGCUAAAUCUGUUCUAACGCCAACCCGCCAGGAGUUAAAUGGUUACUACUACUACUACUACUACUACAUAACAGAAAUAUGGAGCUCCUGGGUAACGUGCAUGACGAUGACAGACUUAAGAGUCAUGCCAGACAAGCAUGACUUCCAGACCCAGACACUCUUGCACUUGAUAGAAGGACGGCAGGGACAAAUUGCUGGAGAAAAUCAAGUUUGGAAACAAGGUCGUGCAGGAGAAAAAGGAGAAGAAGGAGGAAUUCGACAAGGCCAUGCAGGACGCGAUCAAAACCGUAACUGGUAUGCGCACCGCCGGUCUGAAGGAGGGAGAGAAGCUGCUCGUCAUGAGGGGGCUGAAAAUUUUGCAGCCGGCCGCUAGCGGAAGCAGGAGCAGCAGCUUCAUUGGUUCCUCCAGGAAAGCCGUGCAGUUGGUACUUACUUAUUUUAGCGUGGUGCUCUUUAUUCCGUGCAUCUUCUUCGUAUUCUUGUCAGCGGUUGAGGUUUUCAUCCAAAAACGACGUCCUGUUCAUCCAAAAAUCUAAAACGCAUCCAACAGAACGCGGGCAAUGUCGCCACCGUGGUUGGAAUGCCGGCCGAGAACAAGGUGGGUGACACGCUGACGAACAGCCAGGGGCUGCGGCGCGAGGCAUACACGCUCCUCGUCACCACGCCCGCGGUCAAAGGAAAAAAAGACGUUGAGCCGGUCGCCGUUUCCGUUGCGAAAGCGGAUUUGGAAGCGCUCAUAGCAGGACACGGAUUGCAGCGCUUGCACGGGACAGCGUAGAAGUUCCCGAGUCAAGUAUGACCGAGUUGAUUGGCGUUGAUGGAUAUUAAGAAAAACAUCAUGAUGGACAAAGCAGGGAAUUUUCAUCAUCCCUGGAACGCGAGAAGCACUUGCUGCGCUAGAAAUACAACAUCCACAGCCAUACACCUUUUUUUUUGACGAUACAAAAUACACCUAAAGACGUGAAUACGAAUAGAAUAUUACGCCAGAACGCAGACUUAGUAACUUAUGCUAAUGAAGAACUAGAUCUACUAAUGAAGUUGUUCUAAUAUGCAGUGAAGAAAUAGUUUUACUUUAUGUUUUUGUUUUUUCGAUGCACAUGCAGGUGUUAUAGAAUUCCCGUCGUGGAACAUCAAAAAUGCAUUGCCGCCAAGGUCAACGCACCCAAAGCCGAACGAUAAAAGCCGCUGCGACUUAUGUAUAUGUGGAUGAUGCUGGAUGCAUUGGUGCAUAUCCGUGUUGCUCUUCGAUAUUAUGCUAUGUGCCAGGACGCUGCUUUCCAAAUACUUACACUUAGACAUCUCAACAAUUUCAACACAAAUAAAGAUCAGAAUGCUCAGGCGCAGGAGGGUAGGUGCUACGGGGUAGAAGCAUGACAGCUGAUGGGUAGCUGAACUACAUGUCGAUGAUGCUACGAAGAGGACACAACAUCUGCACAACUGUCAGAACGGAUAUUGACAUCUAUCUUUCGCCGCACCAAAGCUGAGUUUGAGAAUACAGAUUUUUUACUUUGAUACCUGCUGCAAGAAGAUCAAGAGGAGUUUGUUUCUUGAUACUAGUGACAGCAUUGAUACGCUUUUGCCAUGCGCACCGCCGGAAUGAACAAGGAAUUGCACGACCAAUGAAUGUUUAUUCAGCAUGACGGAUGUCUGCUCUACUUCGGCUGGAGACUGACAAGGACAGCUACUUCAAAAAUAUCAAUUUUCUCGAGCGGUUGAACUACAAUGUAAUCGGAGAGGACCUCCAGGUUUCCCUUUCCACGACGUCUGAC